CUCCGUGCCGUCGUUCUCCUGCGUGUCUGCCUCCUCCCAUCCUCUUCGCCCCGGCUCCAUCGCCGGCCAUGGCACAUGGAGUCAGCGGCGAGGCGUGUCCUUGUCCCCAGCGGAGACCACUUCAGGGACGCGGUGCAGUCGCGGGACGCGUCUCCACCGAGAAGCCUGAGCGCUGAGCUCUACCGAUCAGCAGGCAGAGGGUUCUGAAUUCUGAUGGAUCAGUGUCGCCCGGAACGCGUUCGACAGAAUGCCCCAACCAAAACGUGGGUAUCUAUCCACCGGCCUGCCGGGAAAUUGCGGUGACGAAAGAGCCUGCUGCCCGCCGACAACGACACUGUGAUGUACUGGCCAAAUCUUGUCGAUGGAAGAAGACCAAUGCAUUCAUCCCACCGGCACAUGCUCGGUCUUGAAAGGGACAAGGACGGCGCUUAGUGGGUCUGCUACAAACAAUAGUAAUAUUCAAGCUUCCUGUAAGGUUACUUUAGAAAUAUAUGCACACUGCACACCACAGGAUUGGUUUGGAAGUGUCCACUAACCAAAGAUAUAAACGUUCCGUGGCCCUCAUAGCAUACUCAUGAGUCAUCACCCAACAACUCCAUUACUCAAGCAAAGGUUUGUAUAGCCAGCUCCAUCUAGGCAACCAUGUUAGAGGGUGUAAUCUGGUUGCUAAUCCUGAAGCUUGGGGAUGCCCUGGCAAAUGAAGCAGCUGUUCUAGGGAGGUCGUUUCUCGUCGAAGCAUCUGCUCUGCAAGGCCUGUUUGGUGAGAUACGGAAAAUGAAGGAGGAGCUGGAGAGCAUGCAGGCCUUCUUCCGAACUGUCGAGCGGUUCAAGGAUGCAGACGAGACAACGGUUGCAUUCGUGAAGCAGAUCAGGGGCCUUGCCUUUAACAUCGAGGAUGUUAUUGACGAGUUCACCUUCAAGCUGGGGGAGGACCAUGAGGGGAUGUUUCUGCUUAAAGCAAUUAGGAGGGUCAGACAGAUCAAGACAUGGUACCGGCUAGCCAACAAUUUGCGUGAUAUCAAAGCCAACCUCAAGAGUGCUGCAGAGAGAAGGCGCAGGUAUGACCUCAAGGGUGUUGAGAGGGAUGCAAAACUGACAAGAAUAGGCAGCUUAAGCAUUAGACCUGCAGAGUCUGUACAUUUUAAAAGGGCAGAUGAUCUUGUGGGGAUUGCGGAGAACAGAGACUUGCUGAAGAAAUGGAUGAAAGAUGAGGAGCAGCGACACAUGAUCAUCACUGUUUGGGGCAUGGGAGGUGUUGGUAAGACAACACUUGUUGCGCAUGUCUACAACGCCAUCAAGACUGAUUUUGACACCUGUGCUUGGAUCACCGUGUCUCAUAGCUAUGAGGCUAAUGAUCUGCUAAGACAGAUUGUUGAAGAGUUCCGGAAGAAUGACAGGAAGAAGGAAUUUCCGAAGGAUGUUGAUGUCACAGAUUACAGAAGCCUAGUGGAGACAAUCCGCCGUUACCUAGAGAAGAAAAGGUAUGUUCUUGUCCUAGAUGAUGUUUGGAGUGUGAAUGUUUGGUUUGACAGCAAAGAUGCAUUUUUUGGUGGCAAACUUGGUCGGAUAAUUUUCACAUCAAGGAUAUAUGAGGUCGCACUGCUUGCUUCUGAAGCCCAGAUGAUUAACCUGCAACCCUUGCAAAAUCACUAUGCAUGGGAUCUGUUCUGUAAAGAGGCAUUUUGGAAGAAUGAAAACAGAGACUGUCCACCAGAAUUGCAAUAUUGGGCAAACAAGUUUGUGGAGAAAUGCAAUGGCUUGCCGAUCGCUAUUGUGUGCAUUGGGCGUCUCCUGUCAUUCAAGAGCGCAACUUUUCUGGAGUGGGAGAAUGUAUACAAAACUCUUGAGCUUCAAUUUACAAACAAUUGCAUCCUGGAUAUGAACAUAAUCCUGAAGGUUAGUUUGGAAGACUUGCCACACAACAUGAAGAACUGCUUUCUUUACUGCUGCAUGUUCCCAGAGAAUCAUGUGAUGCAAAGGAAGUGGCUGGUACGGCUUUGGGUCGCAGAAGGAUUUAUUGAGGCUAGUGAGCAUAAAACACUGGAGGAGAUCGCAGAGGAUUACCUGACCGAACUCAUCAAUCGGUGUCUGCUGGUGGAGGUUAAGAGGAAUGAAUCAGGAUAUGUUGAUGAUUUCCAGAUGCAUGACAUCCUUCGUGUGUUGGCCCUCUCCAAGGCACGCGAAGAGAAUUUUUGCAUAGUCCUCGAUUACUCAAGGACUAAUCUUAUUGGGAAAGCACGCCGUUUAUCAAUCCAAAGAGGGGAUAUUGCACACCUUGCAGAGUCUGUACCACAUCUCCGCUCCUUGCUUAUUUUCCAGAAUUCGCUGACUUUUGGCUCACUCCGUUCAUUCUCAAGGUCUGUUCAGUUAAUGUCUGUCUUGAACCUGCAAGAUAGUUCAAUUGAGUCUCUGCCAAAUGAGGUGUUUGACUUGUUCAACCUGCGUUAUCUGGGCCUUAGACGGACUAAAAUUGCUAAUAUCUCACGGCUGAUUGGAAGGCUACAGAAUCUGCUUGUGUUGGAUGCUUGGAAAAGCCAAAUCACCAACCUUCCAGUGGAAAUCACAAGGCUCACUAAGUUGACCCAUCUUAUUGUCACCGUGAAGCCACAGAUACCGGCUAUGCAGUUCGUUCCUUCUAUUGGCGUGCCAGCACCUAUUGGCAUGUGGUCUUUGGCAAGCCUGCAGACAUUAUUGCUGGUGGAAUCCAGCUCUGAAAUGGUCCGUUACCUUGGAGCUCUGGUUCGGUUGAGAUCAUUCCGCAUCAGUAGAGUCCAAGGUCGCCAUUGUGAAAAGCUCUUCAUGGCCAUCACCAAUAUGGUCCAUCUCACCCGGCUCGGGAUCCAUGCGGAUGAUGACCAGGAGGUUCUGCAGCUCGACGCACUCAACCCACCUCCGCUACUCCAGAAGCUUUUCCUGCUAGGGACGUUAGAGAAAGAGUCACUGCCCCGGUUCUUCUUAUCAAUCAGCAAACUGAAAAGCCUCACCAUCCUACGGCUCGUCUGGUCAAAGCUCGAGGAGGACAUGUUCUGCUACCUCGAGGAGCUGCAGCAGCUGGUGAAGCUUCAGCUUUAUGAUGCAUUUGAUGGCAACAGGAUGCACUUCCGAGCAACGUCGUUUCAGAAGCUUCGGGUGCUGAAGAUCUGGGGAGCUCCACGUCUCAGCCAGAUGACGAUAAGAAGUGGGGCGAUGCCCAGCUUGGUUGAUCUGAAGCUCCUGCUCUGUCCGGAGUUGAAGUCGUUGCCGUGCGGGAUCGAACACGUGACCACGCUUGAAGAGCUGACCUUGGAUUCUACAGCGGAAGAGCUUGUGGACAGGGUUCGCCGGAAGAAAGAGGACAACAUAUCUCAUGUUCAGAGAGUUUACGUCGGUUUCGUCAGGAACCGCGAGCUCGCUGCAGAGAGGAUUCAGUAGUAGAUGCAGCUCCAUCUAGGCCAGUUAUUGUUUUUUCUCUACUCUAAGUCAGCUGAUGUAACUUGAAUCCUUCUGUUUCUAUCCACACCGUGGCCUUAUUUUUGUGCACUUUGAAGUCUUCUUGUAUCAAUGUAACGUGUUGUGCUGUCAUACAUAUGAUUGAACCAAAGUUAUAUCAUUCUCAAUCCUAGGCUUCCUUCUCUUACAGACUGUUCCUCUUUCGUAUUUUAGUCUUAGCAAGAUAAUCAGUUGUCAUUCAUGUGGGAUAAAUGGCUUAUUCAAUCAUCUCAGCAGAACUGUGCUAUAUCAUAACAGGAAAUAGCCCUCAGCAAAAAAAAAAGGAAAUAGAAAUGCUAUUUGCGAUGUGUAUGCCCCUAUUAGGAGUUUCUCUAUGCAUUUCCAUUAUUUAGAUUCAGUAGAAUGAUUUCUUCCAUAAUUGUGUAUGUUAAGGUGUUGUGCUGUUUUCGGUGGUUGAGCUCUACUCAUCCUGAGAAAAUUAUUCUGUAACAUAGUUCUUUAAUCCAAAGUGUGAGGAACUUGGUCUGUCCCGUGGGAGCUUUCCUUUUUGAAUACCUAGAAUUAUGUUGUUCUUCCCCCACUCCAACAUGGUUUGCUUAUGUCUGAACUUUUUCUUUAGAAGGGCGUCUAAGCAGUAUGUAGAUUCAAAUGACAUGUGGAUUCAUGGGCAGAAGUAUAUCACUGUAGUUUGGGCUUUAGAGGGAGAUGCUCUGGUUGCCGUAGAUUUGUGUAUAACUUAUUUCCCUACCAAUAUACACAACAUGAUUUUCUGCAACAAUGUUGCUUCUGUCAACGUUGGUUCCCAAUGCUGGAUAACUACGGUUUGGAACAAGGCCAGACAGCACGAAGUUUAACUUGUAGCCUCAACCGCUGUCGGUGUUAAUUAUGAGAGAUGUUAGCAGGCAAUAGGUUAUCCGAAACUGAAGAUGCACCCAACUGCAUACAGUUCCUUACAUCUUUGAGCCAUAGUAGAGCUGCUAGCCUAUUGUUCGGACUGAAUUUCACACCAACGUUGGGUAUCUCAUCAUAGAUCAGUGUUUGAGAAGCUAAAAAAAAUCAUGAUCCUGGUUUAGUUGUACUAGCAUUUAGCAUGAGAAAAGGAAAAUAGAAGAAGGAUUCAACAGAGCUACCCUGCAAGUAACUUAGACACAUAAAGCAUAUUUCAAUAAUCAAAUUAGGUAGGCCUCCUGCCUGCCGCCCUGCCCCUCGUCUCUGCCAUCUUAUCUCGCUCUCCAGAUCCACCAAGUUAUUACCAUCCUCUUGCUAGGUAAGGUUGUGCUGCUCUGGUCAUCUACUGCUUGUAUUUUUACUGGCUGGUUGGUUAUAUUGCCCGGAGUGAUAAUGAUGGUCAUAGUCUGCAGUUACAAGGAUUUAUUAAGGUCAAUUUCUGCUGCUACUGCCUACUACCCCCUAUGUUCCUUUCUGUACACAUGGACAGUAUAUACUUUGUUAACAAACAGUCUGACUGACUGCUGAUUUGCUUGACUUACAAAACCAUGUUGCUAACAUGCUGGAUUGAGGAUACGGUUGUUCGAAUCUUUGGAAUUUUUGAAAAGCCACUUAAUACGCUAUCAACUGUUGUU